UCUGACUCUGAGCCGGGUUCAUCUAACAUCAUCAGGCUGUCACUGCAGUGUGAGCUGCGGGAAUCAACAUGCACUUUCUGAGCUUCACAUCCAUCAUUUUAGUGCAGCUCACCGCACUGCACGGUGCUAAAUGGUCAUACAAUGGGCCACAGGGCGAGCACCACUGGUCCAAGAAUUAUCCAUACUGUGGUGGAGCUUUCCAGUCUCCAAUAGACAUCAAGACAGAGCUUCUGAGGUUUGACCCGACUCUGCAUCCAAUUGAGGUUCAGAACUACAACCUGUCGCCCAACGAGCAGCUCACGCUUGGAAACAAUGGACAUUCUGUGCAGCUCUCUCUGCCCUCAAAGAUGCACAUCUCCAGCCUCCCGCAUCGUUACACUGCCGCUCAGCUUCACUUCCACUGGGGCUCCUCCAGCAGAGCUGCUGGCUCUGAACACACGGUGAACAAUAAGCAGUACGCAGCAGAGUUGCAUGUAGUUCACUUCAAUUCAGACAAGUACCGCAAUAUAUCCAUGGCUGCGGACAAAUCUGAUGGCCUGGCGGUGCUGGGUGUCCUGAUUGAGGUAGGCGAGUUUAAUCCUGCCUUUGAACAGUUUCUGAAGUUCAUCAACGGGAUUAAAUACAGAGAUCAGAAAGUGCAGGUGCCCGGUUUCAACAUCCGAGCGCUGCUGCCUGCACGUCUGGAUGAGUAUUAUCGCUAUGACGGGUCACUGACGACUCCCCCGUGCUAUCCUAGUGUACUGUGGACAAUCUUCAAAAAUCACGUCACGAUAUCUCGCAAACAGUUUCUGGCCUUGGCAACAGCCCUCUACUCCUCCCAUGUCCAGGAUUCAGCCCCUGUGCCACUGAACGGCAACUACAGGAAACCACAGGUCUCAGACAGUCGAGUUGUCCUGGUAUCAUUUAAAGGGGGCAGAGGACUGCACGGCACUCUUACAGUCACAUCUCCACUCACGAGGAGGCGAAUCGUUCAACAGCUGCUGGUUGGCGACCUUGCAGACUUGGCUGAUGAAGGCCUCUAUCAGCUCCUACCAAGUGGUUCAGAGAAGCUGCCUGCUGGCCUGAAGAGAAAACUCAAGAGAGAGCAGAGUGAGACGCUGUCCAAACACCAGGUGAUGAAGCCAUCGCUGCAGAAGAAGAGUCAGACCAACAGCUUGGUGGGAAAGUUAGGGCUGGCUGAAGAAGCACUCUGCUACGUCUCACUGGAACAGAGAAUUUCACAUCAGCUCAAACAGUCCCACACUGAGAACCAACUUGUUCACACCCUCAGAGAUGCAGUUUUCCCUCAGCUCAACCUCAAGAGCUACCUGGACUGCAAAUCAGAUUUAGCCCUGCCCACCAUCAGGCAAAUCCUCCAUGGACGGCCAACGGAUGAGGCCUUUGAGUUGGAUCGCUCUCUGACAAAGGCCUUGAUGAAUCAAAAGAAGACUCACACAGCAAUCAAGGAAAAUGUGCCUGUGACAAAAUAUGGUAAUCUCCCCACUGCCAAUGUUCCCAGGAAACCACACAGCCACGGCUACCCGCAUCCUUGGCUUUUGCCAAUGGAGUGGGAAGACUAGAGAGAUUCCCGACAUAGUUUAGACGCACUUUAUGUCACUUUCAGAAGCACACGUCAGUAGAUUGUCCCACAAUGAAAGACUCUUUGAAGCCACGCCCUGCAUUCCUUUGACCCAAGUUUCUCGCAAAUGUAUUUAAUAUUUAAGUUAUUCCUUCCAGUACGUGCACAUAAUUAUAGGCUCUACCAGACAAUGACUGUAGUAUGUCUUAAUUUACUGUUGAUUUUUUUUUUUUACUAACAUAUGCUUAUGCAUUACCAGUCUGUCGCAGAUUCAGUAAAAUGAAGCCAAUCUCUAUAAAACAAUCUACACUUUUGUCAUGCAAAUUUGCAAAAGUGAGAAGCAUUUGCGCUUUCACAAGGGUGUAGUUCUGUUAGCAUAUUUUGUGCUUGGAUAUUUAUAUGCAUCAAGCCAUAUGUUGUACAUAAAUAGUCUGGCAAGGAGCUUUUAUAAAAAUGACUGUAUGCCAGUUUCAUUUCUAUAUAAGGGUAACUGUGGAGCUAACUAGUAAUCACUGACUUGCAAAAAAAUUUUGCCAGAGCUUUACAAGUGCUUUACAUGACAUGCCUGUCAUCUGACAAUUUGAAUGUCUGUUCUAACGGCCAUUUACAGCAAGUAAACAGCUACUGUCUAAUAACUACU